AAGAGCGAAGACGCUGGCGGGGACUUGACAAUGCGCAGGCGCAUCACGAAGCCUGUGGAUUUGUGGCCAACCGAGCAUGGGCGUGGGCUGGCUGCGUCGGCGCACUGGAGGCCUGGAGGGUCGAGGCGCGUGCGCAGUCGCGCUUCCUUCAGCUGCAGCCAUGGCAGGCCAAGAGGAUCCCGUGCAGCGGGAGAUUCACCAGGAUUGGGCGAACCGGGAGUACAUUGAAGUCAUCACCAGCAGCAUCAAGAAAAUCGCAGACUUUCUCAACUCGUUUGAUAUGUCUUGUCGUUCAAGACUCGCAACACUAAACGAGAAAUUGACAGCUCUUGAACGGAGAAUAGAGUACAUUGAAGCAAGGGUGACAAAAGGUGAGACUCUCACCUAGAACUGUGCCAUGCUGCUGCUGGGAAGUUGCUUUUACAGAACAUGGGCCCACGUGGGAAAGGCCCCAGCAGCCUUCAGCUCCUUCCUCUCUCCUUAAAGAACAACAGGGCUUAUUCUUGUUUUUCUUUUUUUUUCAAAAAUGUGGCCUUUGGGCUCUGUGAUGUACACCCAGGAAUGUGAUGAGGCAGGUGGGGAGGAGUCCAGGGAAACUCUUGGAAACAACAUUAAGCAUUUUACCUUUUCAGUAACACUUUGUAGAACUCCUUGUCAACAAAUUUGAGGCUCUAAGAGCCAAAAGCCUGGGACUCUGUCAAGGUCCUCCCCAUCUCUCUCUCUCUCUCUUAGCCUUUCCUUACAGCUCUCAUUGCCUCUGCACUGAUCCUAUACACAGUCUUUGUCUCCUCCCCACCUUUGGUCGGGGUGGGAAGCAGUCCUGGCCAAGACAUUCCUACCCUGGCGAGGUGGCCGCCAGAGAAUGUUGUUGCCAACCCACCAGUUUCUUGUCCAUUUGGGGAGGCCAAGGCCUCCCACUUGGCUUGAAAAGGGACAUUUUCAGAAUUUUCUUUCUGUCACUUGGGGUGUCUUUGCCUCUCAUAUUUCCCUAAUAAACUCCUCAACUUUAUCUGACUGCUGUGAUUGUGGUGGGGAGAGGAGCUAGAGAUGGGGCUCACCUCGUCCACAGAAAUCUGAUGUGUGGGAUUCUUACUCCACUGUAAAACUUCUAGAUGUAGCUAUUUGAUCAAAGCCUAGGUGGCUUGCCAGCUGGAGCCCCCUUAUUUGGACUUCGGAGCUGACUAAUUUGUUUGGUCAUUCAUCAGACGUUUGCCAAGUACUUACUAUGUAGGCACUUUAAAUUCCAAUAAAAGAUACAGUGUUGAAUCAGG